ACACACACACUUGCGCACAAAUUCCACGUGCACGUAAACACACAAACGUCAAACAUAGAUUAUAAACAAAGAUUAAAUUACCAUUAAACAUUAACAAUAAAAUAAAAAAUUAAUCAAAAUGUUUAUAAAACCUUUCAAAGUUAAGUCCAACAAUCAAUUAAAAGGAACAGAAAGAAAAAAAUUAUGUGAAGAUGUAUUAAUUUCAUUUCCAAAUUUAUCUGAUGCUGAUGUUCAAGCUUUAUUACCAAAAAAAGAAACAAUAAGUUCAAUGAAAAUAAUAACCCAUGGUGGUGAAUUAUGUAAAUUAUAUUGUGUUGCUAAAGUACCAAUGUUUUUUCAACUUGAUCAACCAAAUUUACAAUUAUUCCCAACAAUUUUUACUCUCUGGCAACAUCCAGAUUUAUUAUAUUAUUAUACCACAUAUCCACCAGUUGUAUCAAAAUUAGCAAAUGGUGCACAUCUAAUGUUACCUGGUGUUGUUUUAAAUGGUCCAACAACAAUAAAAUCAUAUGGUAAACUAGAAAAAAAUACACCAGUUGCAAUAAAUACUGAUGAUAAUAAGGCAGCUGUUGCUGUUGGUGUAACAUCACACUCAUCAGAAGAAAUGUACAUGUGUGGUGGACGUGGUAAAUGUGUUGAUGUUAUUCACGUUAUUGGUGAUGCCCUGUGUCAACUUGGUAAACCUCCAACAAGACCACAAAUUGAUGAUAAAUCAGAUACUCCAACUGUCAAUGAAGACUCAACUUCAGAUAUUGUUGAAGAUUUAAAUACAGCUGCCAUAGAUGAUGACAUCAAUGAUAAUAAAAAUGAUGAUAUUAAUGAAAACAAUAUUGUAACAACACCACCAGAAAUUAAUAAUCUUGAUCCAAUCAAAGAAAUGGAUAAAUUACUUGAAUAUUGUUUUUUAAAAGCAUGUAAAAUUUUUAAAAAGAAUGAUCUUCCAAUUUUAAGUUCAAGCUUUUUUAAAAAUCAUUUAAUAGCUGCAUGUCCUUCAGAUCAAAUUGUUGAUGUUAAAAAAUCAAGUUUUAAAAAAUUAUCAGCAUUUCUUGCUUAUAUGGUAUCAAAAGGUGUUAUCAAUACAACAAUAAUUAAAGGUGUUGAAAGUAUAACACAAAUUCAGUCAUCAAAUCCAUUGAUAAGGGAACUUGUUAUUAAUGAAACAGCUGAACCAUCAAAACCAGUAUCUUCAAAUACUCCAGUUGUGUCUGAAUGUUUUCGUGUUACUGCUGAUGUACUUCCAAUACUUUCAAAAUUUGGAUAUGAAAAAGGUGAUGUAAUGAAACGUGUAGAAAUACGUAAAUGUUUUAUGGAUUAUGUUAAAAAAGAAAAUCUUCAAGAUGGAAAAAUGAUGAAUAUUAAUCCUCAACUUGCUGGUACAUUGCGUACAAAAGAAAAUGUUUUAUCAUUGACAAUAGAAGAUGGAAUUAAUAAAUUUAUUGGAAAAAUGACACAUACUCAUGAAAUAACAGUUGGUAAUACGACAUUGUUGCAUACUGGAAAAUUAGAACCAAUUGAUAUAACAGUAACAACAAGAUGUAACAAUAAAAAGGUUACUCUUAUUAAUAAUUUAGAAACUUUUGGAAUUAAACUUGAUGAAUUUAGUAAAGAAUGUCAAGGUAUUGGUGCAAGUGCGACAAUAACAGAUGUACCUGGUAAAAAAACACCAAAUGUUCUUGUUCAAGGAAAUCAAGUCCUCUAUGUUUAUAAAUUAUUAACUGAAAAAUAUCGUAUCAACAAAAAUCAUAUUAAAGGAUUGGAGUUUGCACCGAAAAAAAAAAAGUGAUAAAAAAAAAAACAUAAAUAAAUUGAUAAUUUUUUAAUUUUCAUCUAUUUUUUACACCGUAUGAUUUUUUUAAAACAAAUUAAAUAUAUUGAACAAAAAAAAAAAAAAAUGAUUUUAAUAAAACUUGCCAACAAUAAUUAUCUGAUUAAAAUGAUAAAAAAUUUUUUUUUCAAAUAAAAAUUAAUAAAAACUGACACAUUUUAUGAUAAUUCAAUUUAUAUAAAAAGAAAAAAGAGUUUUAUGACUUGAUAGUUAUAAUUCUAUGGACAUUGUAAAAACUAUAUUUUAAAUUGUUAAAAAGUAAGUAUGCUGACAUCACUCAAAAUGUGUCUGAUAAGAUAUAAAAGUUUAACGAAACAAAGUUAAUAUUUUUUUUUGCAAGUUAUUGUUUUAUGAAACUUGUGUUAAGAUUAUGAUAAUACUGAUGAUACACACAGUAAAGUAUCAUAGUUAAUUCAAUAACACAGUUGAAAAAAAAACCAUAAAAUAAGUUUAAAAAA